CUGUUUCUGGCAGUAUGUACAUCCACUGUGUGUCAGAGGGCGCAUCGUUCCCAGAUGUCGUUAUAGACCAUAUCAAUCACAUGAAAUGGAUCGCACAAAAUGCUGGGAAGAUCAAACUCGGUUCAAUAGGUGAUCCUGUCAUCGUGAGAUCAGCAAUAUCCGUGAUCCCUCUUGGAUGGCAGGGGACCCCUGGUGAAGGUGGGUCGAGCCCCAUGAAGGUCGAGCUGCAAGGAUAUGGACUCAACACGUGUACUCAAGUUCGAGCAUCAGUAAAUGGGCGAUGGUGUUCUACUGUUGUAGAAUCUUGCACCGGUUCCGAGGGCUCAGCUGUAGACCGAGGAAAGCCUCCCUCUGCACCAGGUCCUCUACAAACCAUGCGGAUAACAAUAGGAGCACCCCUUCGGCGCAAUGUGCGGGGUGGUGGGGCAGCAGCAGAAACAACACUGGGAAGCAACAGUGGCGAGCAGGUAGUACAAGCUGCUGUAGAUGCAAAUCGAGCACCUGAAGAUGCAUCGACUCCGGAGCAGACCAAUGGGCCUAUCGAAAACCAUGGCACAGAGGCUGGUCUGCAAUCAACCCCAGCAGGAGGGAGCAGUCCUUUUGACGAGAGCUUCCAUGGAAUGGCCAGAUUUGAAGGUCUUUUUGAGCAGUGCGGUGGUGGACAGUAUGGUGAUGUGAUAGUCCACUGCACCAAUGAUUUUACAACUGUGAGUAAGGCAGUUACAACCAGGUUACGGCGAGUGCGUUUUCUGGGACUAGAGGGGGCAGGGAAAACUUCAUUGUUCGCAGCACUACUUGGGCAAGAAGAAGGGUCAAGCAGGGGCGGUCUUGAUGGAGGAAUUUUACCAGACACGGAAUGGGCUGAGGGAGUUGCUGGCGGAGUAGGCUAUGUGGACGCAGCAGGGAUCAACCUGCAGGACUUGGAAGGAGAACGUCGUCAGCUCCUGGAGGAGCUCUCAAAGGAGGCAGGGCCGCUAGGUCAAAGGGUGGAUCUUGUUGUGCUCGUUCAUAAUCUGGCUCAUAAGAUUCCCAUGCUGCGGCAGUCGACAAGAAUCAGGAAAACUGAAGAGAGCAGCAGACCUGCAUUAUCUGUUCUUCUUGAUGAGGUCGCAGCAGCGGGAUUGCCAGUCGUUUUGGCCAUAACCAAUAAGUUUGCGGCUAGUGCGGAGCGGAGGAAUGUCUUGGCAGCCGCGAUGACCGCACAAGCAAAAGGGUCUUACGCUUCGGUGGUAAAGUCGGGACCGGUUGGUGGAUACGGUAAGCGAGUCCUUUGGCGACAUAAACGCCAGGACGACAUGUUAGUUGUUUUUUAUGAUGACACUGUAGAGAAGUUACCCCUCUACGAGUCUGAGGGAGGUGGAGGUAAUGGUUGUAGUGAAUCUGAGAAGGGUGAUGUCACUGCCGUUGUGGCCAACAAGGGAGGUCAAAGUCAGUGGAAGAAGAAGAAGAGGCCACGCUCGUUUUCCAAGCACCCCGGCAUUGCGUUAGGAAAACCCUGGGAGAAGAUGAACAUGACGCGUGAGGAAUGGCAGUCCAAGAUGGACAAUCGCGAGUGCCUCAAGUGUGACACCGUGGGGCAUGUUAUAGCCUGGUGCCCCACUUAUCAGAAACCCAAAAGCGAGCAGCCAGUAGGAGUAACAUCUGCUCCUACUGAGUCGAAGGGUUCAGACGAAGACAAAGGUAAGGCACCUACAACCCCUUCUAACCUUUCGACUCUCAAGGCAGAGGAUGGCUCUUCGUCGGCCCAUCGUCCAGAGCACCCUGACACCGUUCUUUGCUCUGUCUCACUGGACGAUUCCCUUGACGAACUUGGUAAUGAACUUAUAGCACCUAGGAGUUUGUGGGCUAAGAAAGCUAAGUCUAAGGGUGAGUUAAUGAUCGCGAAAAUUGAGAUAGCGCACACGCGAGUUGGUGCAAUGUUAGAUCUAGGAUCGACGUGGUCCUACAUCUCAGAGAAGGCAAUUCGUAAAUUCCAUAUGGGAAUGAAGAUAAAGGAUGUACGUCGACCUAUCACGUCUACACCGACUGACAAGAGCACAAUUACUGUCUCUCAAUACGUCGAUCGUGUCAAGUGUUAUUUCAGGACAAAGGAAGUAAAGAAGAUCGUACAUGAAGUAUCCUUCGUAAUAGAGAAGAAUUUACCCUUUGACAUAAUUAUGGGUAUGGAUUGGCAUGAAGAAGCCGACCCAAAAGUUGAAUUCCAAGAUAAGAUUGUCAAACUUAAGGACAAAAAGUCCGAACUUCGAGCGAUUAAGUUAUAUCAUAGGUUUGGUUUUGACUCUACUCUAUCUUUUUACUGUAUGAGUUAUCCAACUUUUCGUUCGAUGGUAGUUAAGAAGAAGUUGGAUCAAGAGGUGAUGAUGGUGCUUGUCAAACGAGUCGGCGAGUGUUCCUCAUCCUAUCCACCUUCUAUCGAGAAACUUCUCAACGAGUAUAAGGACUUGCAGACUGAGCCGACGGGAAUCACUGAGCGUGCUAUUAAGCACACGAUUGAGAUUCUUCCCAGAAGGAAGAUUCCCAAGUGUCCCAUCUAUCGAAUGUCUCCCAGGGAACUUGAGGAAUUGUGUAAACAGUUGCAAAAACUUACUGACAUAGGAUGGAUUCACCCUAGCUCAUCUCCUUAUGGUGCCCCUGUCUUAUUCGUGCCCGAAAAGGAAGGUGAACUUUAUCUAUGUAUAGAUUAUCGUGAGCUGAACUCCGUCACUGUGAAAAACGCGGAACCACUUCCGCGCAUUGACGACCUCUUAAACCAGUUGCAGGGAUGCAGGUACCUCGAAGAUGGAGCUGGAGCUAUGGCGCCACAGGUCGCCGGCGCGGAUGGGACAUGGCACGCGAUGCCUGUUGGCUUGCUGCUGCAUGCGGACUUGAGCCUUUUGCAUAUUCGCGCGGGCUUGAGCCAACAAUUCCCAGUUCUUCCGGACGGAAGCGGGAGAGCAAGCGGCAUCGAUGUCGGCUGGUCGUGGGAGGAGAAGGUCGGCGAAGAUACAAUUUUUUUGUCCACCGUGGUGCAACUCGAAUGGAGUCACGCCGAUCGCCGGGUGCACCAAAGUGUUGUAGGUGAACUCGAUGUCGGGGAGGCGGUCAACCCAAUCUUUCUGGUCCGGACGGAUGAGCGUACGAAGCAUCAUUUGAGCGGUUUGAUGUGCCCACUCCGUCUGCCUGUCUGUCUGUGGAUGCCGAGCCGAACUUGGCUUCAUCUUCGUGUCGGACUCCUGCAUGAGAGCAAUCCAAAAUGCCGACAUGAAGCGAGUGUCGCGGUCGCUGACUAUGUCUUCCGGUACACCGUGGCCACAAAUCCAACCGGUGUGCAAGAGGCGUGCCAGCUCGGGAGCCGUGGAGUAGUACUUGCAAGGGAGAAAACGCGCAUACUUACUCAAACGGUCCACAACCGUGAGGAUGCCGUCGUGUCCGAGGCGGUCGAGGGGGAAUGGUCCGGUGACAUCCAUGGCAAUGGAGAGACCGGGUUCCUGCGGGAUCGGUAUCGGGCGCAGCUCGCCGUAGGGGUUGCGGCUGCGGGGUUUGCUUCGUCGGCAAACUUCGCAAGAGUCGCAAUACCUCGUGACGUCGGUGAUGAGGUCUGGCCAUCGGAAUCGUUGUCGAAGCCGUGCAGUAGUGCGGUUGACUCCGAAAUGGCCGGCGAGUCGCGAAUCCUGAUACUCGCAGAGGAGGCGAGUCCGAAGACGACGGUCGCGUGGGACACAUAGUAAGUCCUUGCCCCGCGAGUGCAGAAGCAAGUACCCAUCGG